GGCCGCCGCUCGGCGCAGGCGCGGCGGGGACGCAGCCCGCCAUGGCGGGGACGCUGGGCGGCAUGUUCGGCAACCAGCCGCCGGGGCAACCGGGGCCGCCGCCGGGGCCUCCCGGGGGGCCUGGCCCGGCCGGCCUCAUCCCGCCGCCGGCGGGGCUGCGCAGCGCCAACAACACGCUCGUGGACGAGCUGGAGGCGUCCUUCGAGGCCUGCUUCGCCUCCCUGGUGAGCCAGGACUACGUGAACGGCACGGACCAGGAGGAGAUCCGCACCGGUGUUGACCAGUGCAUCCAGAAGUUUCUGGAUGUUGCAAGACAAACUGAAUGCUUUUUUCUACAGAAAAGACUGCAGCUAUCGGUCCAGAAACCAGAGCAAGUAAUUAAAGAGGAUGUUUCAGAAUUAAGAAAUGAAUUGCAGAGAAAAGAAGCAUUAAUUCAGAAACAUCUGGGUAAGCUGCGACAGUGGCAACAGGUCCUGGAAGAUAUCAGUGUGCAGCACAAAAAGCCAGCAGAAAUGCCUCAGGGUCCACUAGCUUACCUAGAACAAGCAUCUGCUAAUAUUCCUGCUCCAAUGAAGCAAACGUGAUCUUUGAUUUUACAUAUCUGAGUAUUUGCAACAGUGCAAAGCAGUGGUGUUGGUUUUACUUUGUAUGCUUUUGAUAUAAUUUGUACUACAAAUAUAAACAGUUAAGACAAGCCCAAUAAAUUACCUUUUUUGUCUUUGCAAAAA